AUAAAAGUUUGACUUUAAAUAGACCAAUAAAAGUUUUGAAAGAACUAUAACAAAUUACAAAAAAACCUUCCCAAAAUUUUCAAAUAAUAUGUCAUUGUACGUCAUUGUUUGUCAGAUUUAAAAUUUUCAACAAAUUCUUGUGCGUAUUUUCCCCACCAAAUCAUCCAGAAAAAUGGCGGAAGGUGGCAUGAGUUUGGAACAACAAUUCGUCAAUUUUUCAAAAUUUGGAGACACAAAAUCUGACGGUAAAACAAUAACAUUGACCCAAAUCGACAAAUGGUUAAAACAAGCCCAAGUAAUUGGUAAAAAAAUCACCACUACUGAUACAGGAAUCUGUUUCAACAAAUUCAAAUCUAAAACCAUCGACUGUGCAACUUUUGUGAAGUUUCUUGAAGACCUUGCAAAACAAAAAAGCAUUCCAGUCGCUGAAUUGAAAGAGAAACUCACAAGUUGUGGCCUACCCGGAACUUCAAAAACUACACAAGCCGUCCAUACGGGGGCUGUUGAUCGAUUAACAGACACAUCAAAAUACACUGGGGCACACAAAGAACGUUUCGAUGCUGAAGGAAAAGGUAAAGGAAUUGGUGGACGUGAAGAUUUAGCAGAUAAUCAAGGAUAUGUCUCUGGAUACAAAGGAAAAGACACAUAUGAUAACACACAUUAAGACAAAUAAAUA